AUGCAGUUUCCCCUCAACUUCUUGCCGCCCGACGUGCUGGCCACGCACCCUCUAUCUGCCUUUCAUCCUCGCAAUGGCCAUCAAGUCCAAGGUCGGAAGUCGCCCGCGGUUUCCGCUGCUCCCAAGGCGCCCGGUCUACACCCUCUUGUCUAUGCGCAACAGCUCGGCUGGUCCGGGAUCAGGGACGACAACGCUCUUCAAGCGCGACGUCAGGCGGCCGCCUCUCCGCAGGUCCAAGCCGCAUACCCGCAAGCCCAAGCCGCGCAGGUGCCAUUUGCCUCAGCACCCCCAGUGCCACCACUUGCCAGCACCUUCCAGACGUACCCGUUCGGUGGCUUUCCUCACGGCGGAUCGGGACCAGGUUCUCAGGUAUACCAACUUCCUCAGCAUGCGGCCAACGCGACGAUGCAGCAGGACCUAGCUGUAUACCAGACACAGCUCCUGCAAGCUGCGCUCGAGCGGAAUCUCGUUAUCCCCUACUUUGUGCAGACCCAAGCUCAGACGCACACAGAAGCAGCAGCAGCACCACCACCACCACCACCACCGGCCACCGCCACCGCGGACGCAGGGCCAACGAUGAGCGUACUGGACACCAAGGAUCCCUUCGUGUACGUCCAUCCGCCGCCCGAGACGCUCACGACGGCGCAAGGCCGCAAGCUGUUCAAACGUCUACCCAAGACGCGCAUCAGGAUCGAGCAGGCGUGCGAGGCGUGCAGGAAGCGGAAGAGCAAGUGCACAGGCGAAAGACCGACGUGCAAGCGCUGUGACAGGCAGGAGGUGGAAUGCGUUUAUAUCGCGGAGCACCGGGCGAAUAAAUGGAAGCGCAUGCAGAACCGGGUGCCGAGGCCUAUGGACUUGGACGAAGGCUACGACGGCGACGGCACUGGCGCUCUGUCCCCUUGUCCGCCUGCUGAUUCCUCGCGUUCGUCUUCCUCUGUUUCCGUAUCUGCGUACUCGUCUGGGACUGCGGUCGACAGCCGGGCUCCGCCGCAAGGGUCUGGCUGUGGGUCGGCUGACACGCUGUGCGCUCCGUCUAUGUUCUACGUCCCUCCACCUCUGGCUGGAUCUUCGCUUCCUCGGCCUUCCUCUGUCGGAGACGUACAAGCUUCUGCUCAACUCCCUUCUGGCAGCUUUGCGGGGGGCAACGAUGCUAUGGCCGGGCCUUCUAGCACACUCCGCUCGUCGGUGUCAUCUCAGACUAUCGCCUCAGGUACCUCACUUCCACCCCCGACGUUAUGCGUUACAGGAGCUUCUAGUCCCCGCUCGCAGCAACCCUUGUCAAAUGAGCCCAACGGCUUUCUGCACCCCCAGCAAUGCAGGACAAGGAUCCCCACGCCGCACUCGACACCCUUGGCGACGACCACGGACCAUGCGACGAGGGCAGGCGACGUCGCGGACGUGGUCGAGCGUCUGAUCUACCUGGCCAAGGAGCAGGACCUGCAGUGCCGUAACGGGCCCCCGCCUCUCGGCCGCGGUAGCUCCUCAUCAUCGUCUAACGCCUCUGGCGCUCGAUCUGGAGCGCAGACGCCGUCCGACUACUUCGCCUUACCCCUCCCCGCGGGAUCCGACCCCCCCACCGGUCUCUAUUCAAAGCAAGCGGCUCGGGACAUGCUGGCGGUCCCCGGGCAGGCGGAGAUGGCGAGGUCGGACAGCGUAGCGACCGGAUUCUCGCAGAUGGCCUUGUCGUCGUCGUCGCUGUCGUCGUGUGGUGCGUCGGUGGCGGAUAGCUUGGCGUCGGGGACGUCGGGGCAGGACUGGGGGGACGAUUAUUGCAGUCUGGAGUACGAGAUGUACUUCCACUCCUCGGGUCUUCCGGACUCCGUACCUUCGGACGUGUCCUUCCAUCGUUAG